AUAUUUUAGAUAACAAUUCUACUGACACUACUUCUAUAUCCUGGUUUAAUUUUAAUUGAUCAUGGCCAUUUUCAGUAUCCUUUAUCAUCAAAACCCUUUGUCAUGAACUAAAAUUGUGAAUUCUGAAAGAAAUAUAUUUGGGUAAAACGUUGAUACUUCUUUAAUGGCUUUCAAAUCUUUAAAAAUCUUUUUAAACGGGACUAUCGCGAGGUUAAAAAUGUUAAAACUUUAGAAAUACUGCGCCCAAACAGUUUAACUGUUCUUCAUAAAUAUAAUAACUUGAUGAAACAUGUGAUGCAGUUACAACCUGUUUAAAAUUUUAGCAUUUUUAACCUCGAUAAACACCAUAAACGCUGACAGAAUUUGGAGGUGACCACACUUUUGGAGUUUAAAUUUACCGAUUUUGUUUAAAUAAUGCCUUUAAAUGUUUAAAAAGAUUUUUUAAAUAUUUAAAGGCAUUAAAGUUUUAAAUAUGAGAGAUGAAAGUCUCAGAAACCAGCAUAUUAAAACGUUGAUGUGUACAGUACAUUAAUUUCAAAGUGCCAGUGGGGUAUAUACUUCUUAAAUUUGAAAGAUUAUUUCUAGUAUAAUAUUAUUAUUAAGUAACUGGGACCCAGUAUUCCAUAAAAGAUAGACUCCGUUAUGUAUGGCCCCACAGAAAAUUGUUCAUAAAGUCUGGCCGAAAUUACCGAAUUUACGUAGAACAUUGCAAUGCUGCGUAAAGAAUACUAUAUAAGGCUAAAUAAUGCAUAUCGCUUACUGUACUCUGUAGUCAUGUAUAGGUAAUUUAGGGUACGUUAACAUGCGCUCCGCUGCAUGCGAUUUGUCGUGUGGGAUUCGUAUAUUCUGGCGUAUAGAAAUUCCUGCUACGCAACAAUUAUUCCUCUUCAGUAAAUUAUAGCGAAAUUUGAAACGCAAUUAUGCAAGUCUCAUUCAUUAUUGAAUAAUUUUUUAUUGGAUAUUAUAUAACAAGUGUUCAUUGUAUAUGAUAUAUGUCACAGUUUUUAUUAAGAUUACAUUAUGCUCGAUUAUUUAACAUUGAAGAAACCAAUGUAACUAAUAAUUUGACUAGGAAGCAUUUUACUCGAUUUUUUAUACAUGUGAAAUUUCCUUCACGUUAUUGUAGAUAUAACUGUGUCAGUUUAGGUUUGGCUUUAUGGGGGAUAGUCUGUGUCAUCAAUGAUCGUGAUAUACUAGCUUCAGUAAUGUUUUCAUUGGCUCUCAACUACAAGCAAAUGGAAUUGUAUCAUGCGCUACCUUUCUUUAGUUUUCUAUUUGGGAAAGCCUUUAGAAGAAACUCGUGGUAAUUAUUAUUCAUCGUCACCGAAGCAGGAAUGUCCGUUUGCUCUCCUGCCGGCGUAAGCAUGCAAUUGAAUCUGAAUCAUUUUCAUAUCUUUCUAGGAUAAUGUUUAUUUUUAAAGUCUGCUGUCUAGGGAUUACAGUUAUAGUCACGUUUGUUUUAUGGUAAGCGCUGUCAGUAUUUCCAUGUUAGAGUAUCGAAUACCAACAGAAUCUCCGACGAAAACAUCCCGGUGAUAAAAAACCCCCAAAUUUACUAAAUUCAGUAAAAAAAAACCACAUUUCUUUUUCUAAUUUUUAAAGGUAGUUCUUAGUGACUUAGUCCCCCCUACUUCCUCAUUAGCAUUUAGUUAUGACGGGUAAACCUGACGAGCAUGCUAUGGGUGGGGUGGAGAGAAUGUUUUCUUACCACGUUCAGGAAAAUUGCUGUAUCACUUAUUCCCUAGUGGCUUUAUAUAAUGCUAAUGACGUCAUCGGGAUCGUGAAUAUUUAAUCAGUUGGAAUAUUCCUUUAUCCCUCCUACUUCCUCGUUGGCAUUAAGUUAUGGCGGGUAAUCCUGUCGACUGCGCUGCCAAUCACAUUAUUCUUCCGUAUUCCUCCUUAUUCUACCUCCCCAAAUCUCUCUUAUUAUCUCUCCAACAUUUCCUCCCCGCCAAUACUAAUUCUCCCCCAUUAUGCUAAGCGUAGUUUGUGGGAGCUCCGCCCUCUAAACAAGUUUAGCACCCCAUUCCUUCAAACAUGUAAUUUGGGAAUCCCCUUGAAGGAAGUUAGAGUUGCGCUCAGUAUACCGAAUAUAUGCGAUUCUAAGUGAUAUGUGAGUCCCCGCCUCAUAUUCUAUUGAUAUAUCCUACUCACUUUCCAUGUUCUCUGAGCCCGGGCUUCCGGUGGCUGUUACCCCCAGCACAUGUUGCUUGAGCAUCUUUCCUAGGCUGUCGAGAGAAUCAAAUGAGUGAUGCGGGCCCUCUGACAAACUGCUGGGAAAAGUUGAAAGGUAUCGCAGACGACGCUGUGAGAAAUGCAUGAUCUUGCAAAAUGCUCCUGAUAUCCGCAAAUCCAAUAUUGCAAUUCAUACAACUUGGUUUACUCGCACCCCUCCUGCGUCGGCCAUAAAAAGAUGUCCCACGGGGUCUUGCCGGCGCCUUUGCACCCGAAGGACCCUAGUGCGACUUCACAGAUGUAGUGAUUCUAUCGGCCAUUUCGUCACUGCCUGACUGGGAACUGACGCCGAGUCAGUUGUGCUCUGCAGAGCCGUUAACCAUUGUGGAAACUUUCAACUUUGCCACAGGCCUAGAUAUAUUUCUUUUCCUUGCAGCAAAAUGCAAAACAAAAUUUUUUGUGAAGAUAGUUUGUUAACGUGUUCCAAGCAGCGGUGCUGCUGGCGCUGCCAGACCUGUUCCAACACGGCUUUGCAAUCUGGUAAAACGACCGGGCAUAUGAAGUCUCUCUCAUAUGUGCCUUGUGUCACACGGUGUCACGUCCUUACUUGGAAUUUAUGUUUGCCUCCUGGAUAUACGGUCGUCUCAGGACAAGGUUUGCUCCUGCUCGGUUUUUUAUUGCACUUCUAAGUGCAAUAAAAAAACAAAACACUUUAGGCUGUUACCUAAUACAUGAGCUUUGACUUGCCUCGGACUUUUAUGCCUGUGUCAACCAAGGGCAGUUGCGUAGUACAAAUUUUGUCCCUGCUCGGACUUAAUGUUUCCUCAAUCCCAUGUUGGUUGCAUAAUACACACUUUGUCAAAGUAUUGUACUGUAUUAUGAAUAGCUUUUGUUAUACAAUACAAUACAAUACAAUAAAGAUUUAUUCACAAUGAAACUGAAGCAUGCAAUUACAGUGACAAAGGAAAAGGAAAGCUUGAGGUUAUCCCUAUAUUAAACUUCCUUAAAUAAAAUAAUUGUUAAAAAUUACUAAUUAAAAUUACAAUUACAAAUAUAUGAAUAAAUUAGAUCUUUAAAUGGAUUGCUUCUGUCAGUGGCCCACACAUACAAUGUAUUUGAAAGUUGUGUUAUUAGAAAACGUUUCUCUCUUUAUAUUUCCCUCAUGUUAGGAUGUGGGGUUUUUAUCUGAAUUCAGUAAUUUGGGGUUUUUAUCGAUGGGGGAAUUUGGUGGGCGGGGUUUUUUCCAUGUUUGUGUCGGUAUUCCAGAUUCUGUCUGUACCAAAUUGGUUGAAAUAAAAUUUUUAAUUGUAUGUCUUCACAGUUGGAUUCCAUUCUUAAGAUAUCCUCUAUUAGCUCUUCGAGUUCUUGUUAGAAUGUUUCCUGUUGGACGGGGACUUUAUGAGGUUUGUCGUGAGGUUUAUUCUUAUGAUUCAGACACAAAAUAUACUGAUAAGAAAAGAUACCAGUCACUCCAACAUAAUUCAUAUUGUAUAUAAUUUCCAACAUAUUUAAAUCUUAGUUUUCGUUAUUGCAUAGCCUAUCGAAGGGAAGAUGGUUUUGAAACUCAUUAGAUAUUUGUGUGAUGUUACUCCGAGUGUAUAUCCACACCGGGCAGGCUUGAAAAAUAUGCCCACGGUGGGAAUCGAACCUACGACCUUUGGAAUACUAGCCCAAUGCUCUGCCAACUGAGCUACGCGGUCAGGUCGGUUCGAGUAUGCGAUAUUUCGGAACUGAGUCUAGAUCUUUCGAUAUCAGUGUAAUUAUAAGUAAUAGCAUAGAAAGAGGCGAAUUAGCUAUUAAAACGUCCCGCCCGAUGAGGGUCGUUUAGUAAAAUUCCCUUGGGCGCCGCUUGAUGAGGGUCAUUUAGUAAAAUUCCCGAGGGCCGAAGGCCCGAGGGAAUUACUAAAUGAUCCGAAUCGAGCGGCGCCCAAGGGGAUUUUACUAAACGACCCUCAUCGGGCGGGACGUUUUCAAUAGCUAAUUCGCCUCUUUCUAUGCUAUUACCUUGUAAUAUCAUGAUUGCGGGUAUUCCCGUUGUUCUCGCAGGGCCAUUAAAAACCAAUUAACAACUAAUUCUACCUGACAUGACGUAAAAGCGGGUAGGAUUAGAAAAAAUGAAUAUAAUGAGGUGUAUUAGUUAUUAAUUGCCCUGCGAGAACAAAGGGAAUACCCGCAAUUAUGAUAUUAUCUAAUAAUCAUGAUAUUUGCUGUGUUGGUGUAAUGUACUCAGGUGAAUAAGAUGCUUGUGUGAUGUUACUCCGAGUGUAUAUCCACACCGGGCAGGCUUGAAAAAUAUGCCUGGCGAUGGUGGGCUAGUAUUCCAAAGGUCGUAGGUUCCAUUCCCACCGUGACCAGGCAUAUUUUUCAAGCCUGCCCGGUGUGGAUAUACACUCGGAGUAACAUCACACAAGCAUCUUAUUCACCUGAGUACAUUACACCAACACAGCAAAUACCAUUAGAUAUGUCAGUCAACAUGUCAGUCAACGUUUAUUCAUAAAGCUGGUCCUUCACCGUCACGUGUGUAUUGUAUUUUUGCCCAACUAACCAAUAGCAAUGUUUUAGGAAAGUCACCUAUCCGUGACUAUUAUUGAUUAGACUCUCGUGAUUAGAAAUUGCCAUUCAGUAAUUGGUGGAUUUGGCAAAAAUACAAUACACACGUGACGGUGAAGACCGUAUUUAUGAAUAAACGUUGCAGGCAAAUGUGCCCCUAUUUACUUUAACUUCUCCACAGAACGGUAUUCAUUUCAAUCGUUUGAAGAAUUUUGGAUAGUCGAUGACAUAUCCAUUUCACUCUGUAUCCAUUUCAGUCGGUUGAAGAGUCGGAUAGUCGAUGUAAAUCCCAUAACCUUACAUUGGCAUCACCUUAGUAUAUAUACAUGAACUGGUUAGAGCGCUGCACCGGAAUCGCAGGGUCGCUGGUUCUAUUCCUGCCAGAGGGGCUGUAGUUGUAUUUUUGACUGCUCCUGGUUAAGUGUAAUAAAUGUUAUUAAUUUGUGUCCUGGAUCCACUUUUACCAUGGCCUCUGGCGCGGAUGAAUGGGCAACUAUAUCCUAUGACGUCGAAUAAAUCAUUUACAAAUCACUACAAUUACAAAUAUUUAAUUUACUAUUUCUGUGUACAGGACAAGGUGGCAAAUGUUUGGUGUUCUCUCUCUAUCUUAAUAAAAUUUAAGGAUAUAUUUUCUACAACUACUUUGGUAAAAAUUUGGUAUGUGCUCACAGUAUAUAAUUAUUUUGGUCAUGUAUUUGAAGUAGAUUCAUAAAAAUACUUUCACGUAAAAAAUACAAUAUAUUUUUAUAACUUUUUCUGUAGUGGUUGUUCAACAGUGGCUUUCGUUUUACCAUCCAAUCUCAUGUUAGCCUUGCGUCCAUCACCAAAGUCAUUCUUACUUGCUCUCGUGAGUAUAUUACUACAUUAUAUAUAUCCAACUUCAUAAAUUACGUACUAGGGAGAGCCUGGGCUGGGUAGGUUGAGUACAUGAUUUCCUGUAUGGAUUUAUUAUACUACAAGCAUAUACACGUGUGAUGGUAUUUAGCUUUUUUUUCCAAAAGCAAAAGUUCAUCUGAAGGGCUCUGAAGCUUGUGGGGUAGUGUAACUAGAAGUAUUUACAAAAAACGUAGAUUACAAGUUAUGACUGAGGGGGGACUCAGACUCAGGGUGGCUGAGGGCCCCCUUCCCAGGCUUGUUAAAAAUUUCACGUCGAUUUGGGAAGCUGACCUCCCAAUAUUUUUGCAGAUUGCAUAAUCAUAACCUGAAAAGUUCUUAGCAACUGUAACCAAAAUAUGGAACUUUCCAUGUUUAUCGUAUUGCACCCUCCGCGUCUUCCCACUCCUUCUCCUUUGAGAGCCCCCUUGUUGUCGUUUCAGUUCUACACCAUUGGGCAUAUCUCAUGGUAGUUUGGUAUGAUUGAAAAUUUGGAAUUUAUUAACGAACGCUAAUAUCCAUACAGUGCAACAUCGCAUUUAGCUAAUGUUCGAAUUUUUCGAAAAUCGUCAUGCUUUAAAUUUUCCGAAGAUUGUUUUUAGGGAAACUGGUUAAAAAGAUUUUUUUAUGUUUUCUCAAUCACUUUCAUUUAUAUAGGUGAAUUCAUCUCUGGCGUUCUUUCUCUUUUCCUAUCAUGUUCAUGAAAAGUCUAUCCUCCUUGUUACCUUGUAAGUUUUCCAAACUUUGAUCUCAGUCAACAUGCUAGUGAUAAACUGUACAGUGCAUUCAGUUCGUAGAAUUUAUUUACUGUAUAUAUAUAUAUAAUUGUAUAUGAAAGAUAUAUAUCUAGUAUAUUCUGUGCAUUUUACAUUAAAUUUGUUUCAUAUUUAGGCCUGCUAGCUUGCUAUUGCCAUUGCAACCCCUGGAAACGAUAUGGUUCUUAUUUAUAACGUUGUUCAGGUAAGACCAGUUUACAUUGCGAAGUAAACAGGCCUGUAGGUCUCGUUUUGAAGAAAGUGUUUGGGGGAAGAAAAUGACUUUAAAGAGAUAUAGGAAGAAAGUUCAAAAGCUGCAGAGUCUUGUGUGCUCAUUUAAUUGUUUUCUUUUUAUCCCCCCUCCUUUUAUUGCUUUCAACUGGGGAAGAAAUCUGGCUUGGGCACCUGGGAACGGGUAUGCUCUGGGUACGAGAUUGGUGGGGAAGUACGUAAUAGGUGCCCAGUAUACUGAUUCUAAUAUUUUAGGUGUUACUAGGUGUACUAAAUGUUCUAUUUGUUCUAUAGCAUGAUACCCUUACUGGAAAAAGACGGACUGCUCUUAGCCUACAUUCCAUGUAUGCUCCUAUUUUUGCUUCUCGCUUUCUCAUUCCAUCUGGAUCUUAAACGUACACCAACAACUAUAAAAUUCUUGGUAUGUGUAAAUCUAAUCGUCGUCGAUUUCGGAAGAGUAAUGAGGAGUCGCCUAAUGUCAUUCAUUGAACUAAUUCAUUAUUCUUUCGUUUAUAUAGUUUUUCUCGUCCAUUGCGUGUUGUAUUCUGCUACAUGUCGUCAGUCAUCUCCAUUGUACCUCCGAGAAAGUAUCCAGACAUUUUCCCUCUAUUAAUCUCGAUGUAUUCGUGUGGACAUUUCUUGCUGUUUUUCAUUUACUCCAAUUUUCGACAGUAUAAGGAGUACUGCGCUGUUGCUGAUAAAAUAAAAAAGAAAUCGUAGAAUCUGAG